AUGACAACGACCUCCGCAGAGAGGGAAUACAUUCUCGAUGAUGUGGAAGCUGGACGAGGCUCUUCCUCACUGGAGUAUUGGGGCGGUGGUGGAGGUAAUAGAAGUCGAACCGAAUCCGCCUCUAGACCCUCCAAUAACUCCAACUUAGAAGUAGCUGGAAUUGAAAAUGAGGUUCAAACCGAGGUGGGAGAUGGGAAUGAAGGAGGGAGCGAAAGGAAACGGGAGAAAUGGGAUACGAAAAUUGACUUUCUCCUCUCCGUCAUUGGAUUUGCUGUGGAUUUAGGAAAUAUCUGGAGAUUUCCCUAUAUCUGUUAUCAGAAUGGUGGAGGUGAGUAUUCAGCAUGCAUUUCCUUAGAAAUAUACCCCCUCCCCCAGAGAACUUCUGGAUUACGUUCUAUUUUUAUUAUUUUAAAUUAUUGUUUUUUAGUACUGGAUUUGAAUAUUUCUCGUAAAUUCUCGUCGUUCAAAUAUAUAAAUUUAUUCUGA